UUGACACUAAUUACUCCAAAACGUCUAUUUAAGUCUGCAUAAUUCUUGAUCCUGAAUUCAUGCGAGAAUUGGUCUGAUGAAAAUGGAACCAAUCCAACCAACAAAACCACAUCUAGUGUGUGUUCCAUAUCCAUCUCAAGGCCAUGUCACUCCCUUGAUGCAAUUAGCCAAACUUUUUCACUCAAGAGGUUUUCACAUAACCUUUGUCAACACUGAGUUCAAUCACAGACGCUUAAUCCGCUCCAAGGGACCCGAUUGCGUUAAAGGAUUGCCUGAUUUUCGGUUCGAAACCAUACCAGACGGACUGCCACCGUCUGAUCGUGACGCUACUCAAUAUGUUCCGGCUUUAUGUGAUUCCGUACGAAAGAAUUGCUUGGCUCCGUUCUUGGAGCUUAUUGCCAAGUUAAAUGCAUCAGCAGAAGUGCCCACAGUUACUGGAAUAAUUUCGGAUGGAGUGAUGAGCUUUGCUAUUAAGGCCGGGGAAAUAUUAGGUAUACCAGAAAUUCAGUUCUGGACAGCGUCAGCCUGUAGCUUCAUGGGAUAUUUGCAGUUUGAUGAACUUAUCAAAAGAGGCAUAGUUCCAUUCAAAGAUGAAAGUUUCCUUAGUGAUGGCACUCUAGAAACACAAAUUGAUUGGAUACCGGGCAUGAGCAACAUCCGGUUCAAGGACUUGCCAAGUUUUGCCAGAAACACUGAUCUCAAAGAGACUAUGUUUGAUUUCAUGGGAUCAGAAGCACAAAACUGCUUAAAAUCUUCUGCAAUUAUAUUCAACACUUUUGAUGAGUUUGAACAAGAAGUUUUAGAGGCAAUAGCCUCCAAAUUCCCCAACAUUUACACAAUAGGUCCACUUCCUUUGCUCUGUAAGCACGUCCCUGAUACCAAUUUCAAGUCAUUCACAUCAAGCUUGUGGAAGGAAGACUCAGAAUGUCUCAAAUGGCUCGAGAAAUGGGAACCCAAUUCAGUUAUCUAUGUAAAUUAUGGCAGUGUGACUGUAAUGACGGAGCAACACUUGAAAGAAUUCGCAUGGGGUCUUGCAAAUAGUAAGCACCCAUUUUUAUGGAUUGUCAGGCCUGAUGUGGUGAUGGGUGAUUCUGCCGUUUUACCUGAAGAAUAUUUUGAAGACAUCAAAGAUAGAGGACUAAUAGCGAGUUGGUGUUCACAAGAGCAAGUGCUUAAACACCAAUCAGUUGGUGCUUUUCUAACACAUUGCGGUUGGAAUUCUAUGCUAGAAAGCGUAAGCUAUGGUGUGCCUGUAAUUUGUUGGCCUUUCUUCGCAGACCAACAACCGAAUUGUCGAUAUGCUUGCACAACUUGGGGCAUUGGCAUGGAAGUGAAUAAAGAUGUGAAGCGUGAUGACAUUGUGGCUCUUGUUAAAGAAAUGCUGGAUGGAGAUAAAGGGAAACAAAUGAGGCAAAAGGUACAAGAAUGGAAACUGAUAGCGGAAGCAACAACGGAUAUUGGAGGGAAAUCUUUUAACAAUUUUAAUAGGUUGAUUAAGGAGGCUCUCCGUCAUGGGAACUAACAAAUUCAUCAAACUCCACUAGAGGAUAUUCAAAUUCGCUUGUUUGUUGUAUUUCAAGACUUCCUAUGUAUUAUAAUGAAAACCAAAGAAAUAAAUGAAGUAGUAAAUUAUGGGUG